AUGGUCUCUAUGGUCGAGACCUCUAAUUCCGCUCAACAUGACACGGCCAUGGACCCGGUCGUCCCGAAGAGCGAGCCCACGCUCGAGGGAUCAAUCAGUUCCGCCGUCUCCACGCCCGAUCCGGAGGGGGAGAGUCUAACGCAGGAUGUCGCCCAGACCCAGAAACGAAAGGGGGGAAGAAAGCCGAUCUAUGCUACCUCCGAGGAACGGAAGCAACGCAAUCGUCAGGCCCAGGCCGCCUUUCGAGAGCGUCGCACCGAGUACAUCCGUCAGCUGGAGUCGACCAUCAAGCGGAAUGAAGAGACUCUGCAGACCCUGCAGCAGAAUCACCGCACCGCCGCCGAUGAAUGUUUGAUGCUGCGAUAUAAGAACUCCUUGCUCGAACGUAUCCUACUGGAGAAAGGAAUCGAUGUGCAGGCAGAAUUGCGUCUCAAGGCCGGGGCACCCGGCGGUCCUCAGACCAAGCCGGCCGCUCCCAUGGCCUCCAAACCCCCAUCCUCCCUGGAGCGAGCGGCUCUGAACCGCAACUCGGCUCAGAGACACCCGACCGGUAUCGCUCCGAAAGAGCCGUUCGGGAUGGCCCAGAACCGGGACGGUGCCUACGGGAUCCCGUCGCCGCAGUUCCAGGCCACUCCCUCAUCCCAGGUCUCGUCGCCGUCGCACGCCAAGUCUCCGGGCUUUGGGUUCCAGGGAGCCAUGUCCCCCGUGGGCGUCGAUCCGCAGCAGGCUCGCUCGCAGGUGUUGUCACAUUCGCGCAACAUCAGCCAUGCCUCCCCGCCAAUGAGCAUCGGUCAACCCGAGUCGACCGACAAGUCGACGGUCCCAGGUGGUACGGGGCCCCGCGCCCCCCGCCUACCUUCGGCGUACUACCCGUCCCCGUUCCAGAAGCAUUACGAUCAGUUAGAACAAGAAUACGAUGCUCAGGCCGACCUCAUCGACGAAGAACAUGAGUCGUCCGUCGGCGCCUCGCCCUACGUCCCAGGGUUCAAUGCGGCAUCCGUAUCCGGCUCCCAUGCUAUGGGGUCCCAAGGCAUGUCGCAGUUCAACCCUCAUGGGGGCGAAGGGCCGAAUGGUGCCUACGGCAACGCGAAUCAGUUACUGGGCAAUUACGAACCCAUGCUCGAUGCGGACCCGUUCGGCCUGAGUGCCAGCAUGCAUUUCCAGACGCCCUUCAGUUACGAGCAAAAUAAUACACGCCAUUGA